AGAAUGAGUGUAGUUUUGUUGAUAUCCAUUUGUUUUCUUGCUGUCUGUUCUUUCACCUCUGCGCGCCAAGAGUUCACAACAGGUGUUCUAGAAUUAGAUGACCGAACUUUUGACAAGGUGCUAAGUGCGUUUGAUGCAGUGCUGGUAAAGUUCUCAGGCGAUGAUAUCCCUGACUAUAUCCUGUCUGAGAUCAGCGAGGAGCUUGGCGGCGAUACCAGAGCCAUUGUGGGUCAUGUCAGGCUUGAAAUCAAUUCUGAGGUUCCUCCGCCAUCGGAGUACGAGGAUUAUCCCGAGUACGGGGGUGAGUCAUCAGAUCCGGAACCAACUAAUGUUGAGCUAGCAGAGCGCUUUCACAUACAGAAAGACCAGUGGCCUCAGUAUUACCUCUUCAAAAAAGGGAGAGCAGAGCCUAUCAUCUUCCACGCCCCUGACAGCAGCGAAGAAGCGGACGAACCGGAGAAUCUCAAGAAGUUUCUGACUAAGAACGGAUUGUAUUUAGCCAAAGAUGGAUGUUUGAAAAAGAUGGACGAAAUUGCGUCUGAAUUCGUUACAAACAAAGAUAAACGAAGCGAGUUGCUGGAAACAGCUAAAGCUCAAAUGGAAAAGUAUAGUGACGAUGCUGAAAAGGCAUCGGCCAAAGUGUACGUCACUUACAUGAAGAAAAUUCAAGAGAAAGGCGAUGAGUUUGUUCACUUGGAAGCCGAGAGACUGCAGAAGAUUUUAGGCGCAAGCAUGUCGAGUAUGAAACGAGUUGAAGUGACCCGAAGAGCGAAUGUUAUCGAAUCUUUCAAGGCGUCGGCUGCGGAAAAAGAUGAACUGUAAUUGACAAUUACGAGCUUAAACUAACGUUGGCUCUCAUCAUUUUUCACUGUUUAAUAACGUGCUUAGUUCUAUGAUCAGGAAAUCAACCUAUCAGAACUGAUAAGGUUUUUGUUCAAUAAAUGUCGAUUUUCACUUUGUUAAAUAUCAGUUAUUGAUAAUCGUGAUACCUAAUGUACAACUUCAUUCUGUAAAUGUGGCCUUAAAAUGGUGCAUACCUCAUCUUAUAUCUGUUCUAAUAAAUGAAUAUAUGUUUAUUUGUUUCAAUUUGGCCUCUUGUUUGAGAUGCAGUUUUUACAAAAAGCGGUACCUUAAGUGUAUUCUGUAAAUGUUGCAGCUUUUAAUCACUGGUAUCUGUAUGUAAUUCACAUAUUUAGCCAUCUUA